AUGAGGAUAAUCAUCAAAGGAGGAAUUUGGAAAAAUACCGAGGACGAGAUCUUGAAGGCUGCCGUCAGCAAAUACGGCAAAAAUCAAUGGGCUCGAAUCUCAUCGUUGUUAGUUCGCAAGUCGCCCAAACAAUGCAAAGCAAGGUGGUAUGAAUGGUUAGAUCCUAGCAUCAAGAAGACCGAAUGGUCAAAAGAAGAAGACGAAAAACUCCUCCAUCUCGCAAAGUUGAUGCCCACUCAAUGGAGAACAAUUGCCCCAAUCGUCGGAAGGACUCCAUCUCAAUGUCUUGAAAGGUAUCAAAGAUUGCUAGAUGAAGCGGAAGCCAAAGAGGGAAUGGACUUGGGCUUGACAGGUCCAACGGGCGAUGCAGGUCCAAGUGCUGAUGACGUUAGGAGACUUCGACCCGGUGAAAUAGAUCCGGAUCCAGAAACGAAACCUGCAAGGCCAGAUCCGGUAGACAUGGAUGAGGAUGAGAAGGAAAUGUUGUCGGAAGCGCGUGCUCGACUGGCUAACACACAGGGUAAAAAGGCUAAACGUAAAGCACGUGAAAAGCAAUUGGAAGAAGCACGACGGUUGGCUUCCCUACAGAAAAGACGUGAAUUGAAAGCGGCAGGGAUUGAACUAAAAGGGAAAAAAAAAAAGAAAGGAAUGGAUUAUAAUGCGGACAUCCCUUUCGAGAAGAAGCCAGCUUUGGGGUUUUAUGAUAUUACCGAAGAGAAAAAUAGGCAAUUAGAACCAGGUCACACCAAUGUUCACCUUCACAAACUCGAAGGCAAGCGGCGUUCUGAGAUUGCCGAGGAGAAGAGAAGGAAAAAACAAAAAACCGCAAGGGAUGAUACGGAAGGUGGUGCUAUCAGUUUUGUUCCUGCUCGAGCUGCUCAACUAAAUAAAUUGAAACAAGCCGAGCAGAUUAGUAAGAGAAGGAAACUCGCACUUCCGGCCCCACAAGUUGGUGAAGCUGAACUAGAGGAGAUUGUAAAGAUCGGGUUUGCCGGAGAAAACACCAAGGCCGUUGUUGGCGAAACAGAUAAUUCUUCUUCUCUAGGAGAUUAUACGCCGUCAACCAGUUUGUCUUUGAGAACCCCUAGAACCACCGGCGGUUCCAUGCAGACUCCAAGGACACCUGGAACGAUUCUAUCGUUAAGAACUCCAAGGACACCUUCGGUUGAUGCUACAACGAUUAAACAACUCCGAAGGGGGCUGUUAAAUCUACCUACUCCAAAAAACGAUUUCGAAAUUGUCUUGCCCGAAGUUGAAAGUCAGAGUGAAAUUGGAGAUGCCAUGGAGGGUAUUGAAGAAGAUGCCAGCGAUAGAGAUAGAAAGUUAAUAGCGCAAGAAUUGGAAGAAGAAAGGGCUCGACUUAAUCGUAGAUCGCAGGCUGUUAAGCGCGAUCUUCCUCGACCGGCCUACGUAAAUAAGUCGACCAUUGAGGCUUUGAUGGAAGAUCUUUCGGAGGAUCUUGAAGUCAAUAAGCUAAUUAAUUCGGAAAUGGUUUUGCUACUUCAGCAUGAUUCAUUCACGCAUCCUGUUCAUGGGAGUAAAUCAACCGUCGAAAAACCCGAGUCAUUUGAAGAGUUUCCUGAUGAAUUGAUGGAUCAGGCAAGAAAGGCAAUCGAAGAAGAGCUUGCAACAACCGAUGAACAACGAACCGAUUUUUCUGAAGAGGAGUGGCGCAAAUUGCAUGAACUAACCGACGCCAAACAAUUUCACAAUCAGCUUGAAAAUAAUCGCAACAUGAUGGUUAAAGAUGCUACCCGGGCAGCAAAGUUGGAAAAAAAAUUGAAUAUUACUUUAGGCGGUUAUUUGAGUCGGUCUCGAGCCCUUUCAAAGAAAAUUCUAGAAACAUUCGAGGAUGUCGAACAGGCAAAAAUUGAGCUAGAAUCUUUUCGAUCUUUGAAUUCAUCCGAAAAAGUUGCGAUACCAAAACGUAUUGAGUCUCUUCAAGGUGAAUUUGAUCAUCUGGUUAGACGUGAACAUGAACUUCAGCAACGAUAUUCUACCCUUUCAACCGAAAAACAUGAAGUUGAACAGCGAAUCAAUGAUCUACUUGAAGAAUUACAGAAGAAGGGUGUGAAUCCUCCCUCGAGUGAAUGA